UACUCAUAAAGAUUUGUCAAUAUGACUGCAUUGUCGAAUUUUUCUGACCACGAGGAUGAAAUAUUGGCAGAGUAUGAAAAAGAAGAUGCGAACGAAGAUUGUGAAAAUUUAAACGAUAUUGAUGAAGAAGAACAAAAAGAGAAUGUCCCAAAAAAUCCUUCGAAGUCAGAAAAGCAUGUCACACGUAAUCCUAUGCCUAAACUUAAUACAGAACGUUUGAAGGGUCCCAAAGGUAUACAUACCAUUGAGAAACAUUUUGAAGGAUUUAAAUUUCAUGGAAAAGGACAUGAAAAAAAGGAUUUGGACCGUGUUAUGAAAAGAUUAGAACAUUGGGCGCAUAGAUUGUUCCCAAAAUUAGAUUUUGAUGACUUUUUAGAAAAAACAGAGAAGCUUGGUUCUAAAAAAGACCUGUCAGUAUUUGUAACAAAAUAUAGAAAUGAUAUGAUAUCAUUUGAUGAUGGUGAAAUUUCACAGAAUAAUGUAAGUGAUGAUGAACCUAUAGAAAGUAAUUCUACUGUUGAUGCAUUUGAUUUACUGAUUGCCGAACAAAUUGAAAAACAAAAGGAAGCGUCGGUACAACCCAAUCUUAACAAAAAUGAUAUAUCCAUAAAUGAUCGUGCCAAUAUGUUAUUUGUAAAUGCAUUUGAACAAUGUUCUACUCAAACUGAUAAAGUCAUAGAAACAAGCAGCUCGCAAACUAAUACUUCAGAAUUAAGUGAUGAAAUAAAGGAAAGAAUUGAAAGAAAUAGACAGAUGGCUAUUGAACGAAGACUCGCUAGAUUAAAAGCUAUGAAAGAAAACGAGAAGAAAAAGGAAAUAGGAGAGGAUACUGAAAUGGAAAUAUCAAAAUAAAGAAAUUCAAACAAUCCAUAAUAUUAUAAACUUUGAGAUUGAUAAAACUAUAGAUUCAUAUACUAUCGUUAAAAAUAUAAAAAAAAUUGAAAAAACUCGUAUUACGAAAUAUAUAUAUAUACAUGUUUUAUACGAAUAA